CCCGAAUUAAUUCUGCUCUCGAUCCGGGCAGAAGCUAGCUAGCGUCCGAGCGCAGGCAGGUAGCCAUCUCACGCGAGCGGCUCGGUCCGGUCCAGCCGUGGCCGUCCGAUCUCCCGAGACGUGCACGCACCGCACAGCUCGCACACCGGCAGCUUAGCGGCGUGCACCGCCGCUACGGCGGCCGUCUAUAUAUACACCACCACGAUCGCUGGGAUAGGCCGGCCGCCUCCGAAUUCAUUCAUCCCCUGCACACCACCGCUUGUCAACAAACUAGUAGCCGCGAGCUCGCCGCCAGCAUCCAAGCCGGCCGGCCGGUGGCAGGGACCCCGGCGUACGUCGGCGGCGCAGCUAACUGCCAUGGCGGCGGCGCACCAUCAGCAGCGUCCGCGGGCGGCGGCGGCGCUCCUCCUCGUGGCGGUGGCGGCGCUGCUGCUGGCGUCGGCGCCGCCGAGCGGGGCGCAGCCGCUGCCAUCGCCGGCUGCGGCUGCGCCGGGGCCGUCGGGCUCCGGCGGGAUCGACCCGGCGUGCAUGACGUCGCUGCUCAACAUGUCGGACUGCCUGACGUACGUGACCAAGGGGAGCACGGCGCGGCGGCCCGACGCGCCGUGCUGCCCGGAGCUGGCGGGGCUGGUGGGCUCCAACCCGGUCUGCCUCUGCGAGCUCCUCUCCGGCGCCGCCGACUCCUACGGCAUCGCCGUCGACUACGACCGCGCGCUCGCGCUCCCGGGGAUCUGCCGCGUCGCCACCCCGCCCGUCUCCACCUGCACAGCUAUGGGGUAUCACGUCCACGUGGGCCCAGCUGCGGCGCCCAUGUCAGGAUCUCCGUCGCCCAUGUCAGGCAUGGCUCCCUCCGGGGAGGGCCCAGUUUUCCCAGGGACAUCGCCGGUCGCGUCGCCUCCGUCCUCGACCAGCCACGCGGCGCGGCGCUCCUCCUCCGCCUGCGGCAUCCACCUCGCCGCCCUCGCCAUGCUGCCGCUCGCCGCCGCCGCCGCCGCCGCCAGCGGGAUGCUCUAGACUGAGGAGGGGCUCCACACCCCGCCGCUGCUUCGAUCAUCGAUUCCUUUGUCUCAACUCGAUCAACAUUGUCCUGCACAUUGCAUACAUAGUAUAUGCUGCUUGUUAUGCUCUGCACUGCUACCUGCUAGCUCUUGUAUACCGUGGUGGCUCGUGUGGCACUGGCCUGUGUUCUUGGCGGCUGCUGCUGCUGGGACGGUUACCGUUUUGGUGUGUAGUACACAUGACCCCCUGGAUUCCUUCACUUUGCUGUUGUGCGCCCUCUUCCUCCCGCUCACGCCUUCCAUGUGAUCCGUCUCUGCUGUGCAUAUCUUUACAAGGAUAGCCUUUGGCUGUCGUCACGAGUCACAGAACAUGGCACUGAAUCCCGGCGGCGGCCGGGGACGCGGACACGCGCGGAUCGGCCAGCGCCGCCAGCGUGAACCGAGCCGAGCGGCGAGCGUGGCGUCCUCGCCGGCAUUGAUUGUCCAGACCACGUCGAGUGAAUGAACCAACACGCCAGUCCGUUGGUGCCCAUUGAAUUCCCCCAACCGCCGCUUUGAUGGGCGGCGCUCCCAUCCCAUGUGACGCCACUGAGCUCGGCGGCAGCACUGAAGAAGCCUUUUUCCGCUGUGGUCACCAGGCCAAGCAGGCAAGCACUAAUUAGAAGUCCCUGUCAACAUAUCCGCGAGACUAAUUUACGAGAUAAAUUUAUUAAACAUAAUUAGUCAAUAAUUUGAUAAUACGAUGCUACAGUAAACAUAUGCUAAUUAUAGAUUAAUUAGAUUUAGUAGAUUUGUCUCGCGAAUUCGACUCAUUCAUAUAAUUAGUUUUAUAAUUAUCUUAUAUUUAGUCCUCCUAGUUCGGAUUUGAAGAUAGGGAUGUGAUAAGUACUGAACUUUAUUCCUUCGGUUUGGUUCGCUUGUGUCGGGUUUACGGGCAAGCGUCCAAGAAGGUUUUGUGCAGGUGCGGUCAGGAUUCUGUUGGGCGGAUGCACGGAGAAAGAGGAAAAGGGUGGCGCAGGAGGAUUCAUGAGAUGGCCAGAUGGGUCAGGCUCAGGAGUCAGGAUUCAGUUUCCAACUUUCAGAGGAGUCUCUCCUUCACCGUGCAUGCGAGUGGAGGUUUCGUGUAGACAUUCAGAAAACCUGGAUCCAUUUGGGAGCCGGAACAGGGACGGAGGAGGGAGCAUCUUUUCUUCAGCUGAUGUACAGAUCGAGAGAGCAACGCCGUCGCCUCCUGGACGGCCUUCAAUGGCUGUAUUCGCAUUUCCUCUUCCUCGUGAGUCCAUCGCGCUGGCCGGUGCAGCCUACAAUCUGUACAAUACAGUAUCACAGCCUAGACUUGCUGGGACUGCACACCAUAAAUAUAAGCACAAGAAAUCUUUCAAAAAAAAA